UCGAUUAUAAUUGGUCAAUUUCUUAUGGCAUAAGGGUUCUGGCAGACCAGCGCGAUUUCCGUCGCACGCGAUGCGCGAUAUCCAAUGGACGUACAGAGAUGAGCGGAAAGACGGUCGCUCAUUGGACAUUGCGCGUCGCGCGCGACAGAAUCGCGCUGGUCUGCUGGAGCCAUAAGGCUUACUACCCUAUUGUAGAUCCGGCCUUACCGUUUGCCUCCACACCGUGGCGGCACCCAUCGAGAACAGUUUUGUAAAUCGGUAUGGACUAUGGACGUGCCUUCACGGUCGAGCGUGGUUUAUUUUUAUAAUCGUACGCGCCAUUUUCACUCAGUUUAAAAUUCGUGCAAAAUUUCCUGCAAAUUUCGAAUUCGUUACGUGCAACGCAGUGUGAUACAAUCUCCCACGAUUUCGUCAACUCCAAGAAAGAAUUUGUCGUCGUCCCGACGCAAUUCUCACGUAAAUCUGCCUGUCGGUUCGUAAUUCGAGCCUCCAAAUAUGGAUGAUCUGUCAUCUAGUUUUUUCGACUCCUUUGAGCCAGUCGAUCUCGAUGGUGAAGUAUUCAAACUGCAAGCUCUAUUGGAGGAUAAAAGUUUUACUCUCGAUACUGAAUGCUUACUACAGACGCUGGAACAAUGUUUCUCGAUGUGCUCAAUUGAGUCGCUCGACGAACAAAUUUUCAGGAAAGUUUUGCCGAAAGCUCAACAUUUUUUGUCACAGGUCGUGGAAGCUAUAAAUGAUAUAAUCACGAGCGAUAACGCGAAACUCGAUGAUCUGGAUGGCAUCAAGUGCAAGUUGCAAGCUUGCGAUGGACUUCUUACCUUUUGGAAGAAAUGUGUGGAACAUAUUUCUGUGCUCGAGAAAGUUCGAGCUGUCUACGUAGCAUCCUUAUGCGACAUUCUACCAGAAACGACGAGAAUAAUUUUCGAACAUUGCAAAGCCAGCCCAAAAUAUGGAGCCCUAUUGAGCGGCACGAUGCAGGAAUUGAGAAAUCUGUUUGCAAAAUCGAGCGCGGUCUUCAAGCUAUUCUUUGCCACUUUGAACGGCGUAAUCGUCUUCGACACGGACGUGCAAUCGGAAACGGAGCUGUUGACGAAAGUGGUUGAGGCGUAUGGUAACAUCGCUUCUAUUACGAACGGAAUGGACUCUAAGACGUUUGUUGAGUUGUCCGAGGCAUUCGCCAAGUUGGCUACAAUUUACCAGAGUGAAAUCAAUUCAAAUUACGUUGUAAUGCAUCUCGCUCGAAUGGCGAAGGACGUAUCUUGUCUUUUGUCCGUCGUCAAGGACCAGAAUGAUAAGAACGCAGAACGAAAUGUAAUGGUUGCUAUGCGCUUGCUGAGAAUCCUCGAGAAAUUAACAUUAUCCUACAGCACAUCUCUCACGCAUGAAAUGAUGUCAAAUCUGAUAGAACUUCUGGCACAAAUAUAUUCUUGCUUAACAAAAGGUAAAGAAAGAACAAUUUUGGCUAAUGCUACGUCUUUUUUAAAUAUUAUCUUCAGUCAUGACGAUUUUAAGCAGAUAUAUUUUGAGUACGGAAGGCAAAUUCUUUCACGUGAUCAAUAUGUACAUAUAUUAAAUUAUCAUUUAUUAACGAUUGCUAUCAUGAAGAAACUGAAUAGUAUGCCGUACGAACAUCACUGUAAGUGGUCUUUAGGCUCAGAUUCAAUCUUAGACGUUGCUUUCACAUACAUCGAAUAUCUUGAAGAAGAAAUCUGCGCUGGAGAUCUGCGACUGUUGGGAGUUCGCAGGAUCGACGAAGGGCCGCGAUUUGUUAGCAUUUAUGAAGCGACUCUAGUAUCCAUUUGUAACUUAAUUAGUCAAAUUCCUCCGGAAGGCUUUCACGCACUCGAACUACUUUUACUAAAGCAUUUGCUGUCUGGCCACUUCUGGAGUUCUCUACUGAGCUCGGAUAUUUGGUGUUUUAUUGGCAGACUCGGCUCUUCGCAACUGUGUCUUGAUCACGUUAAACAUCUAAUGAAAAUUUCCUCCGCCUUAGUAGAACGACCCGACAGUAUAGAAGUGAUCAUGCUAGAUAACACAAUCGUCAGAUUGUAUGAUCUGUUAAAUGAAGAUUUGAAAUCUACUCUGUUCGAUAAUCUUAUUGAUCAAGAUAUGGAUUAUUAUGCCUCUAUUCUACAUUUGUUAAUGGAAAAAUCAAAAUUUUUUUCAUCGGAACGAUUAAGAUGUAAAAUCGAGGAUUUGUCGAAGGCUUUUUCAAAUUUGAGAGAACAUCCUUCUAUUCGCAAUUGGAAGCACCUUUUAAGAAUCGUGUCCAUAAUGACAGUGGUGGAUUACACUGAUAAUAAGGAUGUUAUCAAUGUUCUAACUAAAAUAUGGAAUUUUGUUGCGGGUGCGAUUAUCGAGUGCGAGGGCAAACAAUUGGAUUUACUGUCCGACUUAGUUGUUACUUUGCUCGACGCUACUCGCCUCAAAAAUCUUAAGGAUGACAGUUUUUGUGCGAUUCUGACGUCUGCUGCAACUUUAUGCGUUCAUCUGCUACCUCGGGGCAAGAUAAAGAUCUGCCAUUUUCUACGACGGAACGUCGAGGAUCUUAGUCGUUGCGGAAUCCAAAGUGUUACGUCCACUUUGGUUGAAUUGUUCAGUAAUUUACUGGAAGACGAGAACCCCUGGGUGCGUCAAGAGGCCUUAGAAACCUUCGAACACGUAGGACAUAUGUGUCUACAGCAAUUGGUCGGCAAAAUAGCGAAGGCUUUAGCAAAGAUACCUGGUAUCAGUAAUGUUAUGCAAGCCUACUUGUCCUCCAGAUCAUAUUAUGCUUUCAAAGAUUUUACGAACGAACAGGAUUACCUUAGAUAUUUGGCUAAAAGUCUUCAAAAUUACAAUAGUGAACAUAAAUGCCAUAAAUAUAAUGUAUCUGAAAGAGAAGAAAAGAUGCCAAAGCUAGAGGAGGAGGAGGAAAACUCACGUGAGAAAAUGCUAAUGUUAACUCAGCUGGAUGAACAAGCAGAAGAUUUGUGUAAAGAAUUGACGAAGGUCUUGGAGGAUCAGGCCGUUAUCAGUGAGGCAAUGUGCAAGAAACUGAUAACUAUUCUCGAAAAAAUUCUCCGAGUUCAGCGAAAUGAAAAUUCGCGGAACUGAUAGGUCUUUGUGAUAUAAAAAUGGUCAAUAAUAAUUCAUCAGUGAUAAAAAUAAGGAGAGUUUAAAAUGGUAGUAAAGUAAUUGAAAAUAUGGCAAAAAUAAAGAAAGAAACUCUGGG